AAAGGACGUUUCCAGAACGUUUGGGCAAUCACUCUCGAACCUUCUUCACUCAUCAUAGUUUUCUUCUAUUUAUAUACAUCCAAAAGUGGAAGAUUCCUCAAACAUUAAAAUUCUCAUUAUCUUGGUCAGAUUCUCGGGGCACAAGCAUAGAUUAAAGUAAUAGUGGGUGACUUUGCUGUGAGAAUUGGUGAAGAUGAGCAGUGUUGGUGUGGAUUUGGUUACUGCAGUGAACAACCUGUUAAAUUUUCCUGAAACCAUGGAAAAUUUCAUGUUUCCUUCUCGAGAGCAUGACAACCAAAACACCAGAGGAGUUUCAAUUUCUAGCUUCCCAGUGGACAUUUUGGAUACUCCCAAGGAAUAUAUCUUCUACGUGGAUGUUCCUGGUCUCUCCAAAUCUGAAAUUCAGGUGACAGUUGAAGAUGAGAACACACUUGUUAUACGAAGCAAUGGGAAAAGGAAACGUCAAGAUGGUGAGGAUGAAGGUUGCAAGUACCUUAGGCUGGAGAGAAGAGCACCACAGAAGUUGCUGAGGAAGUUCAGGUUGCCUGAGAAUGCCAAUGUGUCAGCCAUCACUGCUAAAUGUGAAAAUGGGGUUCUGACUGUGCUUGUUGAGAAGCACCCUCCUGCUCCAAAAUCAAAAACAGUUCAAGUUUCCAUUGCCUGAAUGAUAAUUUGUGUUGGGAGCUAGAGCACAGUGAUUUUUUGGUUUUUUGUUUGGUUUUUCUGCUUGCUUAGUAGUGAAGGGCCUGUGUUUUUGCCCUUUGUGGCUGUUUAGGUGGCAAUGUAAUCCUAGUACUUUUGGUUCUUGUAUUGGCUCUUGUUCCCAUGUAAUGAAAUUUUUAGCUA